GGUGGGUUUCCAGGACUAGUAUUGUGUUAUUGUGUUAUGUUAACUCAACUUGAACGCCAUUAGAGACAUAGGUACAGCGUUUCCUAGAGGAGGGAGAAGUAUUACGACACCAAACCGAGCUUCCUGAACAGAAGACAAGCUAGGUAACCAAAACCAAGAACCGCAGAGGACGCCGAAGGUGAAAAACAGAGUUCAGGAAAAGGUUAACCGCCGGCCCGACGUGGUAAGAUAUUUAUAGCAGACAAUUCGGAUUAACUUUUGGUUAAGCUUACGGGACUUUGGCAAUGUCUCUGGCCGACCAGAGCCAGCAGUGGUUCCCUACGAGUGUCCAGGUAACGGUGCAUCAGGCUCGGAACCUACGUGUCAAGGGCAAGAAUGGCACCAACGACUCCUACGCCAUCAUCCAGGUGGCCAAAGACAAGUUUUCUACCUCCGUGGCUGAGAAAAGCGUCGACCCAGUGUGGAAGGAGGAAGCUUCGUUUGACCUGCCGCUCUUCCACCCGGGAAACGCCGACCGCUGCACGCUGUAUAUCACUGUAAUGCACCGGGCUCAAGUGGGGCUCGACAAGUUCCUGGGCCAAGCCGUGGUAAACCUGCUGGAUCUCCAUGACGACAAGUCUCGUAAAAAGACAGAAUGGUUCAAGCUGGUGGACAAGGCUGGAAAACAAGACAAGCCGCGAGGGGAGGUGCUACUUGAUAUCCAGUUUAUGAGAAACAACAUGUCAGCCAGCAUGUUUGACCUUUCUAUGCAGGAUAAACCGCGCUCCCGCAUCUCAAAGCUGAAGGACAAAGUCCGUGGGAAGAAAAAAGAUGGCUUCUCUGACUCUGCUUCAGCUAUCGUUCCCCAUGUUAGCCAGGUCCUCACAGACAGCGAUGGAGAGCCCGAUGCACAGUCGCUAAAUCAUUCUCCAGGAGCAAAAAAGAAAUCCAAGCUCAAAACUCUCUUUGCCCCCAAAUCUAACUUGCAGCGCAACAUCUCUCAGUCCAUGUCUACACUGGGGACACUCCCUGAGAAGAAUUCAUCUCUCAGCGGCAGCCGCUCUUCUGGCCUCAAUGUAGACUCUCCUGAAGUUAAGAAGAAAUUCAAAUUUCUGGGACAUAAGCGAACAGGCAGCUCUGAUAGCAAAGUGUCGCUGGGUCCUUUCUCCCUGCUGGGCCGCUCCAAGCACAGCAACAGUGACCUGAACAACCUGUGCAUCAACGGCAGCCAUGUGUACACGGAGGAGGCAGAGCCCAAGAGUGGAUCUACACUCAGUCUGAACAGCUCAGGCCAAGGCUCUGUGGAGGAUGUCCGCAAACACACUUCUGAUCUCCCAGCAGAUCCCUUUAAAAGUGUACCUGUCCCCUCCUACAAGCAUGAGUCCCCAGAUAAAGCUUUACUAGAGCAACAGCGCCAUCAAGAGGAGGAGGAAAGAAGGCAGGCAGAAGAGCGGAGCUUAGCAGAAGCAAGGAGGCGAGAGGAAGAGGAGAAGUACCGGGCAGAAGCCAAGAGACUGCAGGAGGAAGAGGAGCGCAGACACCAAGAGGAACAGGAGAGGAAGAAACGCUUCCUCGAGGAUGAAGCAAGGAGGAGGAAACAGAAAGAGGAGGAAGAGAGAAGAAAGAAAGAAGAAGAGGAGCGCCGCACGCUGGAAGCUGCAGAAAAUCAGAAGCUGGAGGAGGAGCGCCACAGAGCAGAAGAGCAAAAACGCCAGGAGGAGGCCUCUAUGAGUGACAGACUGUCGACUCUGUUUGGAAUGAUCAGAAAAAAGGAGGAGAAAAAAGAGGAGGUACAGCAGCAAACUAAAGAGGAUCUGCCCACCCCGGCCCCUCGCAGUGACCCGAGAGAUCCGGAUCAACCAGCCUCCCACCGCUCUGCCAACCCGUUUGAGGACGUUCCUAUCAGCUCAGACCCUCCACCCAGCAGUAAUGAAAGUCUAACUGAUAAUCAGAAAACCAGCCGCAACCCACAACCCCCCUCUGCCAUGGUCUUCCUCAACCGCACUGCUAAAGUGUCUGCAGUCAAACCCAGAUUGCCUCAAUCUUUGGAGUGUGAACCCGCUGACUGCCAAACUCCCAGUCAGCUGUGUCCUUCCCCAGCCAACUCUGAGUCCACCCUCUCUAGUGUCCCGUCUGAGUCCCCCGAUACUUUCUCCAACCUCCACUCAUCUCUGGCUCCACCAACCAUAAGUCAAAGCCCGUCUGGUUCUCCUCGUGGCAGCACAGAGAAUUUGUCAUCUGUGGAAUCUUCACUCAUCAUGGCAGAUCAGAAGAGAAGAGCCAUUCUACCUCCCACGUAUCCUGCACUUGGGACCCAAACUGGAGGAAAUCAUCACGUUCCUGUCAGAGAGAUCAAGAACCCUGCAUACGUGGAAGUAGAUGGAUCGCAACAAGGCAAAAAAAUGUCUCUACCACUUCCUGAUUAUGAAAGCCUCUUUCCUCAGAAGAGACACGGAGUGCAAGGGCAGACUCGAUGGGAUCACAUCAUUGCAGAGGUCAACCAGAGACAUAGGGACACUCCUGAAUUACUGGGUCCAGAGAUGAGUGUGGACGGCCCAGAGGAGCAUAACCUGACUCCUAGGUCGUCUGUAUUACAGGAGAGUCCUGCUGUGAGGCAUUAUCAAGCACAUCCUCGGGAGACUAAACCUGCUUCUACAAAAAAAAUGGCAGCCCCUGCUCCCCCUAAACCAGUGAGGUCCCCAUCCCCUCAGUCAGUAAUAGACUCCAGUCAGACCCAAAGCCAGAAUGUUGCUCAUCAGUCUGUCAUGGGGCCGAAUCCGUCUGCAGUCCCAGCAUCUACAAAAGCCGACACCUUAAGCGUAGGGACGUCCAGAGAUGCACCAAGGAAGGUGCUGCGUCCUCCAUCUGCUGCUACACCUGCACCCAGACCACCGAGCCAAGUAGACUGGGCUUCAACUCCAUCAGAUGAACAAAGGAAAGCGCAAGUCACCACGAACAAGGAAGCACCCACAGCUAAACCCCGACAAAGAGGUAGUGGCAAAGAGCAAACAAAGGAAGAAGAAUCAGCCCCAAAAUUGUCUGGUUCAGGUAUGAGCAACAUGAACAAACAGGUGAAGGAGAAUUUUGCAGACUUUGACCCAUUCCCCAGUACAGAGCUUCUGUCCAAAGACCCGUGGGGACAGCUGAAGCCAAUCCAGGAAGGAGACAACCUUUUUGUUGGAAAUGUACAGAAAGAGCAGAAACCUGAAGAUCGGGGCAUGACAGCAGAUGAUCUUAAUGACAUUUUUAAUCAAGACACACCAUCAGACCCCUUUGCUAAUUUUACUGGCAGUGACUUAAACAAACACAGUGAAUACAGGAAAAAGGAUGAUGAUGCAAAGCAAGGCAGCCCUGCAUUCCAAAGAAGGAAUUCACAGAAAGGAAAGAAGAUUCCUCCAACUGCGUCUCACUCAGAGAAUAAGACUUUCAUGUCUCAACAAGAACCAGCAAAUAAAGCAGGAACAAGCUUACCCACAGAUAAUCAAGGGUUCUCCUCAAGAGAUGUCAGUACCGGGUCAGUCGCACUGCAGCCUCAAGCUGAGGCGAAAACACAGAACAGCUUUUAUGAAGGAGAGGAUCCAUUCGGAGCUGAGCCUUUUACUGUGUCCUCAGCUUUGGCUUCCUCACAGCCCCUCCAGGUUAUUAUGGAGGAUCCAGCAUCUCAGGCAGGAGGCUUGUCUGGGGGAAAGUCACCUUUGCUAGCAUGGGUCUCCCCCUCUGAUGUUCAGCCUGUCAGUACUCAGAAUAGCAAUGGAGGGGGACUAGCCUUACCUCUACGCAGGCCUCAUCCUGUGAAGCCCAUGAGCUCAGCUGAGAGCCAGCAUCCCAUCAACACCCCUGCUGUGAAGGAGAUAAAGGUCCAUGACAUUGCACCAGGAAAGAUAAAGGUGGGACAGUCGGCAGGAAGUGGCCCUUACACUCAGCUGACACAGGAAGAGCUGAUCACGCUGGUGGUGAAGCAGCAAGCCGACUUGUCCAGGAAGGACGCCAAGAUCGUUGAGCUGGAGGAGUACAUAGACAACCUGCUGGUGCGCGUUAUAGACGAGAAACCCAGUAUCCUGCAGUCCCUCAAUGCCAAGCCAGUGUGAGGAAAUAUCACCUGGAAGAUAAGAGCCCAACUUAAGGACUCUGCUGUGUUUCUACUGUGUGUUUUUUUUUUUUACUGUUGAAACACAAUGUCCAUGAAGGUCUUAGAGCAUAUGCACUUUUUUCAGUUUCAGAGUCAAACUAAUUUGAGAAUGCUGGAAACUUGUCUCUGAAGUAGUAACAUAUAGCAAUAACAAGCAAGUAAGAAAUCUUUAUACAAGCAAAUGAAUGUAUUUAAUUUGACACUAAGGUACAGCAAUUUGCUUUAAAAAUGUGUUUAAUAUAUUUAGAAUCUUGAUUUAUGUAGCACACUUGAUGAAACCUGGGUUGAGCUUUAUUUAAUAUACUUAAAAUGUGGAGAGAAGCGUUUGUUUUUUAAACUAUUUUCUGGCCUUUUUACUCUAUACACAGGGCUCUGUGUAACUUAAUGCUGUGUGAUGAAUGAUCGUACAUAAAACCUCAUUCAGCCAUUUCACAUUCAUGUCUCCUUCCCUCCAUCACGAAAGUCUUAUUUUUUAAAUUUUCUUCGUGGAGCCUUUUAAAAGCAUGUAUUAUUUUGACCAAGCAAUUAAAAUCUGUCCUUUUGUGCUCACCACAGUUGAAUGUCACCCAAUCGUCUAGUCCUUAAGAACAUAUUGUGCCUAUUCUUGCUAGAAGAGGUGGUAUUUAGACAAACCAGCAAUGACUAAGAGCAAGCCGCUGCUAUUUACUGUACAUAGUUUUAAUAAUUCAGCAUUGUUUUCCCUUCAUGUGGUUGUUAUGUAGCCUCUGCACAUAGUUUUAAAUAUUAUGCAAGCAACAGUACAGAAUCCAGCUCUUCUUAAAUGAAUAAUUUUGAUCACUGUGAUAUUUGUGUUGUAUUUAUAAAAUAAAAACCAAGAGAUAAUCAGAAACUAAUCAGAGGAGAAGUAAUCGGCUCAGUUUUCGUGAUAACCAGCCUUGUCUUUGUAUUUGAACUACACUCAUGAAUGCCUUUGCAAACUACAGCUGUUUGAUGUCUUGGCAGAAACGAUAGCAAUAUUAUUCUUCAGAAUGUACAGACCUGUGCCUUCAAGCUUUUCUUUUUUUUCCUUUUUGUGACUCUUAUGUGUGGAAUGAACAGUUGUCGGUUAUCUCUCUUUUUCUGGAGAGAGAACUCAAAGAGCGUACGGCCUGGUUUAUUGGCUGUGACACAAAAUCUAUACUACUGUCAAUGUAAACGUCUGAAAGCAGUCAUGCUGACCAAUGUGGGUUUAUUUGAAAUAAAGACACUAAUUUUGUCACCA